AUGUCCGUUAUUGGCUCGCAGCCUUUCAUCAAGCCAAUGCAGCCGACGCCUUCGGUCUCCCCUGGUAUGCAAAGGAGACACACGCUUCCUGCGAGCGAAGUCCGACCGCUGAACACGCAGGAUGCCAUCAGCGUCUUUGAGAUCGAGCGAGAGGCGUUUAUCUCAGUGUCAGGUGAGUGUCCCCUCCACCUGGAUGAGGUGCGUCAUUUCCUCACAUUGUGUCCAGAGCUGUCCAUGGGCUGGUUCGAGGAGGGUCGGCUGGUGGCUUUUAUCAUCGGCUCUCUCUGGGACAAGGACAGACUCACUGAAGACGCACUGACCCUCCACAAGCCCCGCGGCUCCACCCUCCACAUCCACAUCCUCGCGGUCCAUCGCACCUUCAGGCAGCAGGGCAAAGGGCCCAUUCUGAUGUGGCGUUACCUGCAGUACCUCCGCUGCCUGCCCAACGUGCGCCGAGCAGUGCUCAUGUGCGAAGACUUCCUCAUUCCCUUCUACCACAAGUCGGGUUUCAAAGUGCUGGGGCGCUGCGACAUCACCGUGGCCAACCUGACCUUCACGGAGAUGUGGUACCCCAUCAGCGGCCACGCGUACAUGCGGCGCAACAGUGAGGCGAUCCGCUUCCCUCAGAACCCCUUGACUCUGCCAUUGGCAAAGACUGAUGAACAUGUUGAUGUAUGA